AUAGCCACCAUGUUGGAAGGCAGACUUCAAACCCAGCAGAGGAGCAGCUGCAAUGGCCGAGAGACCAGCCUGUCGUCCUCAGGCUUUGGGAUGAAGUUGGAGGCUGUCACCCCAUUCCUGGGGAAGUAUCGCCCCUUUGUGGGUCGCUGCUGCCAGACUUGCACCCCCAAGAGCUGGGAGUCCCUCUUCCACAGAAGCAUAAUGGAUCUAGGCUUCGGCAGUGUGAUCCUGGUGAAGGAGGAGAAUACCAGGUUCCGGGGCUGGCUGGUUCGGAGGCUCUGCUAUUUUCUGUGGUCGCUGGAGCAACACAUACCCCCCUGCCAGGAUGCCCCACAGAAGAUUAUGGAAAGCACUGGGGUGCAGAAAAUUCUCUCAGGGAAGGCCCCAGAGGGUGCUGGAGAAGGCCAGGUGUCUGACCAUGUGAAGAAAGAGGUGCAGCGCAUCCUGGGCCACAUCCAGGCCCCACCCCGCCCCUUCCUGCUCAGGCUGUUCAGCUGGGUGCUGCUGCGGUUCCUGAACUGCCUCUUCCUGAAUGUUCAGCUCCACAAGGGUCAGAUGAAGAUGGUCCACAAGGCUGCCCAGGAGGGCUUGCCGCUUGUCCUCCUCUCUACUCACAAGUCCCUAUUGGACGGGAUCCUGCUGCCCUUUGUGCUGCUCUCCCAGGGCCUAGGCGUGCUCCGUGUGGCUUGGGACCCCCACACCUGCUCCCCUGCCCUCAGAGCUCUGCUGAGGAACCUUGGGGGGCUUUUCAUGCCCCCAGAGGCCAACCUUUCCCUGGACAGCUCUGAGGGGGUCCUUGCAAGGACUGUGGUCCAUGCGGCCUCAGUUCCCCUGGGGCUGUGGACAGGAGCUCUGGCUGUCUUGCGGAGCCUGCGCAACUGUUGGGGCCGCAGUCGCCGGGUCUGUGUCCGGGUGCACCUAGCUCAGCCCUUCUCCCUACAGGAAUACACCAUCAACGCCAGGAGCUGCUGGAGCAGCAGGCAGACUCUGGAGCAGCUUCUGCAGCCUGUCGUGCUGGGCCAAUGUACUGCUGUUCCAGACACUGAGAAGGAGCAGGAAUGGACCCCUAUAACUGGGCCCCUCCUGGCCCUCAGGGCAGAGGACCAGUUCCUAGUCAGGAGACUGAGCUGUCACGUCCUGAAUGCCAGCGUGGCAAGCUCAGCGGUGAUGAGCACGGCCAUUAUGGCAGCACUGCUGCUGUUCAAGCACCAGAAGCUCCUGGGCGAGUUCUCCUGGCUGACAGAGGAGACUCUGCUGCGUGGCUUUGACGUAGGCUUCUCAGGACAGCUGCGGUGUCUGGUGCAGCAUACGCUGACCCUGCUGCGGGCACAUGUGGCCUUGCUGCGUGUCCACCAGAGGGACUUGCUGGUGGUGCCACGGCCUGGCCCAGGCCUCACACACCUGGCACGCCUGAGUGCUGAGCUGCUGCCUGCCUUCCUAAGUGAGGCUGUGGGCGCCUGUGCUGUGAGGGGGCUGCUUGCAGGCAGAGUGCCGCCGGAGGGGCCCUGGGAGCUGCAAGGCGUAGAGCUGCUGAGCCAGAAUGAGCUGUACCGCCAGAUCCUGCUGCUGCUGCAUUUGCUGCCACAGGACCUGCUGCUGCUGCAGCCCUGUCAGUCUUCCUACUGCUACUGUCAGGAAGUGCUGGACCGUCUCAUCCAGUGCGGGCUCCUGGUUGCUGAGGAGACCCCCAGCUCCCGGACAGCCUGUGACACAGGGCGACAGCAUUUGAGUGCAAAGCUGCUGUGGAAACCAAGUGGGGACUUUACUGAUAGUGACAGCGAUGACUUCGAGGCGGCUGAGGGCCGGUACUUCAGGAUCAGCCAACAGUCACGCUGCCCGGACUUCUUCCUCUUCCUCUGCCGCCUGCUUGGCCCACUGCUCAAGGCCUUUGCACAGGCUGCCUCCUUCCUCCACCAGGGCCAGCUGCCUGAUACCGAGUCAGGCUACACAGAACAGCUGUUCCAGUUCUUGCAGGCCACUGCCCAGGAAGAAGGGACCUUUGAGUGUGCGGACCCAAACCUCGCCAUCAGUGCUGUCUGGACCUUCAGAGACCUAGGGGUUCUGCAGCAGAUACCCAGCCCUACAGGUCCCAGGCUCCACCUGUCCCCUACUUUUGCUGUCCGGGACAAUCAGGACAAGCUGGAACAGUUCAUCCGGCAGUUCAUUUGUAACUAGAACUGUAGGGUGGAGCCUGUGCUGAGACUCUUUAGCCCCAGACCACAGCUGUGUCCUACAGCCCGAAGAUGGAGAGGAAACUGUAAACCCUUAGCUGGACUAUAAAAUCUUUGAGGUUUGAUUGUGCCUUGCUGUCUCUCCCUUUCUUCAUUCUUUGGGGUGAUAAACAAGGGACUGGAUGAGUCCUUUUUCCAAGCCCAGCAGUGUCUUUCUGGUGUCUGUGUCUGUCUGUUCUCUCCUUUUCCAGCGCCAUGAAAAUGC